GACGCCGACGACGCGGUCUCCUCGGCUCGUGCAGGCACGCGAGGUCGCGAGCUUGUCCACACCGAUCUCGGGGAUUUCGGCAUCUUCGGGCUGCAAUGCCUCGGCGGCAGAGCGAUAGCUGUCUGCGCGCGAGGCGUGACCGGGUCUAAGAGGCUUGCGGCUGCGCAGUGAGCCGGCCACGUGACCUGCGCGUCUAUUCUUAGCGACGGCAGCACGGGCAGCCGCGAGAGGAGCUCGCCUGGCUCGCUCACUCGUCGUCCGGCGCGCGUCCGAUACAGGAGUCAAGACUCUCCUCUCUUCCUCUCGUUUUUUAACCCGUUAACUCUUCUCACACCAACACCCAACACACAAAAUGUCUGGUCUCGCGGAUCCCGUGGCGUUUGCCAAGGACUUCAUCGCUGGUGGUGUCGCCGCCGCAAUCUCCAAGACCGCUGUAGCGCCGAUCGAGCGUGUCAAAUUGUUGCUCCAGGUCCAGCACAUCUCCAAGCAGAUCGCCGAGGACAAGCGCUACAAGGGUAUGGUCGAUUGCUUCGUGCGAAUCCCAAAAGAGCAGGGUUUCCUCAGCUUCUGGCGUGGUAACUUCGCCAACGUCAUCCGUUACUUCCCCACACAGGCGUUGAACUUCGCCUUCAAAGACAAGUACAAGCAGGUCUUCUUGGGAGGUGUCGACAAGAACACCCAGUUCGGACGUUACUUCCUUGGUAACCUCGCCUCUGGUGGUGCCGCCGGAGCCACGUCUCUGUGCUUCGUCUACCCACUCGACUUCGCCAGAACCAGGUUGGCUGCCGAUGUCGGUAAAGCCGGUGGAGAGCGUGAGUUCACGGGUCUUGGCAACUGCUUGUCCAAGAUCUUCAAGGCUGACGGUCUUGGAGGACUGUACCGAGGAUUCGGUGUAUCCGUCCAGGGUAUCAUUAUCUACCGUGCCGCGUACUUCGGCUUCUACGACACCGCUCGUGGCAUGCUUCCCGACCCCAAGAAGACUCCAUUCCUCGUCUCCUGGGGUAUCGCGCAGUGCGUCACCACCGUCGCCGGUAUCGUCUCCUAUCCCUUCGACACCGUACGUAGGCGUAUGAUGAUGCAGUCCGGUCGUGCCAAGGCCGACAUCCUGUACAAGAGCACCGCUCACUGCUGGGCCACGAUCGCCAAGACCGAGGGUAGCGGCGCCUUCUUCAAGGGAGCCUUCUCCAACGUUCUCCGUGGUACUGGUGGUGCCCUCGUACUCGUACUCUACGACGAGAUCAAGAACCUUCUCUAAGCGACCACACCCACGCGAAACCACUAAAACAAAACCCCAUCGUCAGAAAUCAAACUAACCGACAGCAAAAGUAAUUCAGCAGCCAACAUCAGACUGUUUGUAAUGAUAUUAUAAUAUAUAGAGUCCACCGAAAGCCGACUAAAUGAACUAAGAUUUUUCGAAAGAUUAUUGAAAAAAAUUAACAACAACCACCAAACGGUCUUCACGUCAUUGCCACACAAGUCUCUAUUCAUAUAUAUUAUCCAUAUAUAAUUAUAUAUAUAUUGAACUCUCCGUUACGUGAAAACUGCCCCAUAUAACUCACCCACACUAUCAUCUCCGGUAAUAUGUAAUGUAUAAAACGCAAAAAAUUCACAAAAAAAAGAGAAAGAGGCAAAGUCUCGAGCACGCACACCGGGUGACGGGACUUGAUGUGUGCUCAAGAGACGAAGUAUAGAAAUUUUCAAAACAUUCACACAAGCACACUCGUCUCGACAAUUUCAUGAAUAACUCGCGAAGCACCUCAACGGGCAGCACGCGAGCGAGAUGUGACGUAAACAUUCGGUAGCCGCGGAAUCGUUAAAUAUAUAAAGAUAAAAAAUUCGUCUCAAACGACGGACAAAAAUUCGCUCUUAACUUAUUGCCGGAUUCAGUAUUCACCCAUUCUGCGCUACCAUUCGACUACAAUCAUUCUCCUCCUUGCCGACCGUUCGAGCAAACUAUUAAUUAAUUGAGAGAAAAAUUGUGAAAACCAAGACACACGUAAGACGUGCGCACGAUGCUAGGAUGAAUAUUUAAAUGUAAAAAAAAAACACGAAAUAACAAAAAAAAUGUAAAGAACCGCGAGAGGCGGGAGUGGCGAGCCGGAGGGACGCGUUUCAGUGACCCUCGUCGGGUGCCCUACGCAGCCUCUCGCGAAGGUACGCAAAGCGCGAGCAACAGUUGCGCGCCGCGCGCGCGACUCGAGCUCGCCCCUAGUUGAAUUUUAUGUUAUUUAAAUAAUACACAAGUAAAUAAAUAAUCGCCAGCACCUGUACGAGUCGGGAGGCUAUUUGUGAAAUUGAGCACUGUGACGUUAAUAAUGAUCAUUGUAAUGUGUACAUGGCAGCCGGUGCGGAGCAUCGCCGUAGAGCGCGAAGAACUUCGCUUAGGACGCGUCGAGGGCGCGACCCAACGCGAGGAUAUUCGCAAGUGCGAGGACGUUUCGUUCCGUCGCUCGGUUUACGGAAGAGACGCGAAACGCUGGAACGUUAUUGACAGCUCCGCGGAGUUUGUGCUAAAGACGUAAGGACGUUGUAAUAAUAACCACUGUAAAAUGCGAGCGAGAGAAAGAGUCGAAAGACGACUAGGACGCGCGACGAAAGAUCAUCUUUUUUUUGAAUAACGAACAACUAGAUGAAUUGUAACAACAAACUAAGAUUCAAACAAACAAAAUCAACGGAACGGCGAUGGCGGGGCGCGUAGACGUGGGCCGCCCCCCGCCCUUAAAACUUCUCUCGGCCCAUUGUAGAUAAUUAAAGAAAUAAAGAAAAAAACUUAACUUGAGUAAAGCAAUUUUUUUGUGAAACGAAGUGUCGAAACUACCCAAGAUGGAAAUCAACGGAAGCGCGAAUCAUUCGAAGGGAUUUAUUUAAUUUCGUAUCUGGUAACGCGGAGACGAUUCUACGUGUAACAUACGAAAACAGAAGCGUAAUACUCUGUGAAUAAUGUAUACAUCUAAUCUGUUCAUGUUAGGAUGUAUGCAGGGAGGACAGAUCAAUAAAAAUCGAAACAAAAAAUUGACCUGACUAAA